AAUUCUUGAAGAUAGCACAUCAUGCAAAUUGGGCAACGCCACUUGGAAGUUGGUGAACUGCAUUUCUCCUGACACUGAGAGGGCAGUCCAUUGAGCAGCGCAAUCUGCGAAGCUCGUUGCUUUUUUAAGCUUGCCAGCCCACGUGCUAUCUCAAAGAGUUUUUCAGGACAUUGUGAUUGUAAUGGCGGACGACGCAGAUGGUGGAGAUGGUGAACAGCUUGCGCCUGAAGCCGAUGAGACGAAUGAGGCGCCAGCGCUCAUCAUGGCCAAAAUUGAGCAGCGUGGAAAGGAUGUGGACGCGCUUCUUAGGAAGCAGCAAGUCGCAGAUGCCCUUAAGACCGCCUUAGCAGAUCCUCCAACGAACACACGGGACGAAAACUGUAAGGAUGCCAAUUAUGCCGUCAUGCUGAAGGCGAUAAUGUCCGUGAAGGAGGUAGACCCAGUUUUGAGUCAGCUCUCCUCAAAGGAAGCCGAUAUUCUGAUGAAGUACUUGUACAAAGGCCUUGCUUCUGGAGAAAAAGCGAUUUGCGACCAAUGCUUGCGAUUACAUGAAAAAUUGACUGAGAAGGUAGGCGUAGGAAGUAUAAUCAGAGCCCUCGGCGAUAGCAAGCAUACGGUUUAGUCUUCUUUUCCGGGAAAGUACGAGCUGGUGACUGAGAGUCCUUUCACAUGCCCUUGAGGUCAUGUCUUGUACAGGGUGCGGGGAUGCUUAGAUUGUUUUCGACGUCUGCUGCCAUUAGUUGCAAAACUUUGGUUGUGUAAGGAGAACAGGACUGUGAGAUUUAGAAGGUGAGACUUUCGAUUGUCAUGUUAUGGCUCGUUGAGUUCUACCGUUAGCACCUCCAUAGAACGUUUACAUUUUCCAGCUCUUUUAUAAUUGUCGUCAGAAUCUAGCAACUGAAAUAUUUGUCGAUCUGGGUUGCAUGAAGAUUUUAUGUGCGUACAAAGAGGAAAACGAAAAACAAGAUGUAUUAUGAGGAUGACGAUUCUUGCUUAACUUUUAUUCCGGCGGGUGGC